CACACGACUAUAUCGUAUAAAACUUUAAAAUGUCGUCGAAAAAAAAAAAUUCAUUGACAAAAGCCAAUGAUGAGGAAGUAACGGAACAGGUUAUCAAUGCAAUAUCAACUGACUUAAGCAAUGAAUCAGUGGAGUCGACAACAAAUCUCGACGACGAUUUAAAAAUUAUGACCAUACCAAAAAUGUUACAUGAACAUUUUGAAUGUGUCGUAGGCAAAAAUGUUUUUAUAGACAAACCAUGGACACAGAUUUCUCACAAAAAAAUAUUAGACCAUUUACAGAAAGAGAAAUCGGACUCAUGUUUUUGGAAGUUUCGAAAAGAGCUUGAAGCUAUACAAAACGAAUAUGUUUUGGUUGGUUAUAAGGCUUUUAGUAGUACAGACGAAGAAUUUCUGAUUUGUACCACUGAUAGAGCUGAACAAUUUAUCAAACAGACGCAAGUACAAAUGGAGCGUGAACAAAAUAUCGAACGAUCAAUGCUUCGCGUGCCGAAACCUUGGGAGUCUAAAUGUAGUGAAAAAGAUAUUGAAGACAUAAAGUCAGUAUCGGCACGAGAAAAGAUAACAUGUAUUUGGAAACUUUCAACCGAAAGGCUCAAAGAAGAAGCAAAGUUUGAAGUUUCAACUUCAAAAUCUAUGAAAAACCAACACGUAAAAUUAGAACCACGUUAUUCUAAAGACAAAUUUGAAUGUGCUGAUGUAUUAACAAUGGACACAUGUGUUCAGGCUACCAGAAAAAUGGUCAAUAGGGAAAUGCAAACUAUUCCAAGAAUCAAAGAUAAUAAAUGUAUUCAGUCUGUUGCUGUAGAAGAAGAAAUGUUUCAAUUUCAACCGCUAACUAAAUCAGACAAGGCACUAGAUGAUUUCUUAGAUAAACAUGUACCAAAUUUAGUGGAUCAGUUGCAUUAUAAUGAUUUAUACGAUUUAUACCGUGAUGAUUAUAAAUUGUUAAAAAAUAAAAACGAAAAUGAAAAUGCAACCGAACAAAACUCCAAGGACAUAAAUAUUUUUCCUGGGUAUCAAAAUACAGGAUCUAAAAACAAAUAUGUAUCUUCUCAUACUUGGCACCCGACAAUACCAGGCAUUUUCGCAAUAUCUUACACGUCCAGUAGUAACGCAUUAUACAAAUCCGUUAGCUUAGAAACAGCUACCGAGGAAGUCGCAAAAUCCAUCGGCAAAGAUAUGGGUUCAUACAGCAGUGAUAAUGACAACAAUGUAGAGCAUUCGAACGACCAGUCAGAAGUUAAACUCGUGGACGAGAAUUAUAAAGAAAAAAUAAUAUCAUUGUUAAAUAUGGAAUUUGUACAGAGAAUGAGAGUGAUUCAAGUAACUGAGGAGGAAAAAUCUAACGAUCAGUAUGGUCAAGACAUUAAAAGACAGUUGCGCAAUUUCUUUAAUUAUAAACCUCACGAACAGAUUUUUAUACCCAGGGAUUUAUCCGUAGCUCGACCAGAUGAUGACAGUUUAAAUGAUGAGAAUAAAAUUAUGAAUGAAAUACAAAAUGAAUUAUCUUAUAUUGAAAUUUUAAAUAAUACUGAUCAAUCAGACGAGUCUGUGGAUGUGGAUGUCAAUGAAUGUAAGUCACAGAUUAAAGGACGUAUAAAAGUGUCGAGCUCUACGAAAAUGAUGCCAUCUACCGUAGAAAUAGAUGGAGGUGAAUAUAGGGAUAAGGUGGAGCAUCACGAUUCGGACACGGAAAGUUUUUACAACAUAUGGGGUGAUGACGAAGAAUGGAUGUAUGGAAAUGAACUGAGAAAUGUUGUUCGAAAUUUACAUAGGAAGUUCAAUAAAAAAUACGAUCGAGAAGCAAGGGAAAACAAAUUGUUUAGACUUUUGAAAUCCGAAGCCGAGUACACAAAAAUGAAAAAUAAAAUUGACGAUAUGGAAACAGAAAGAAUAAAACUAACCAAAGACAUGUUCGAAGCAGGAUAUAAGCAUCAAAAACUAAAAAAUCAGUCUAAGAAGAGAAAAAAAUCUUCAUUGGGACAAAACAAAGUGAUUCGAAAUUGUGAAGAUCCAUUGAUGAAACGAGAGAAUGUUCCACCAGUAUAUGAACAAAAUUCGGUCAUUAUUUGGUCGAUUAAUGAUAAUAUGUUUCCAAAGUUGAUAUUAGAAAGCUCAGAAGAAGUGUAUUGUGUUGAAUUCAGUCCUAGAAAUGGUAAUACAGUCGUUGGAGGGUUAGUAAAUGGACAAAUAUGCAUAUGGGACAUCAAAGAAAAAUUGGAUAAGAUAGAUUCAAAUAAUUUAACCAUGUCGGAGAAGAAAAAAAAGCACCAUAGACAUCUUUGGAUGCAUAUGCAAUGGUCAUUAGAAGUACAGUUUAAAACUAGAAUCAAACCAGCAGCAUUGAGUGCCAUUUUAGAAUCUCACGAAUCAAUGGUGACUGCAAUUCAAUGGAUUCAUCCUAUGAAUGAAAUAACGUCAUUGGGUAAGCUCGUAACCGUAAAAGAAGGACAGUUCUCAGAUCAAUUUUUUUCUGCCUCCAUGGAUGGAACUAUAAAACUUUGGGAUUUGCAUUCGACUCCGAUACCUAGGUCACAGCAAAACAUUGAAAAAAAAACUCGAUUUCCGUAUCCAGAUAAGUUGGACAGUUAUAAAUCACCAUUGAGCAUUUACAACAAUUGUUUAAAGCCUUUGUAUACGAUAAUCAUCACAAAACCAGAAACUACAAUGCAUAGUCCUAUAACCGCUUUGUCUUUUGAAAUUCCUGUAAUGCAAUAUAAAUAUACCUCCAAUCAGCCGUUAGAAAUCGGAAAGCGGCAGUUCGAAUACGUACCAACCAUAUCGGAUGAUCCAAAUCGCAUUUUGGUCGUUGGCAGUAUUAUGGGUGAUGUCGGAAUUGUCACUUGGAAUGGUUACGAAAUUCAUCAGCAGGGCCAAAACAAGGAAGAAUGUAAAAAUAUUUGGUGGGGACAUGUACACGACGGACCGAUUAACUGCAUCAAGAGAAAUGUAUUUUAUCCGGACUUGCACUUGGUCUGCGGCGGGCAUGUGGUGUCCAUCUGGAGUUUAAAUUACGAAGGUGGUCCAAUUUGGUGGAAACGAUUCUCCGAUUUUACAAACAGUGUAUUAUGGUCCACUAUUCAUCCAGCAGAAUUUCGAGUGUCUUUCAACAGUAGCGGUGUCCUACAGUUUUGGAAUUUCAUGAAAUACACUCACCAACCUUAUUACGAGUCGAAUAAUCUUAACAUAACUGGUGACGGACUUAUAGGAUCAUUGUCGACUCCUCUUUCAUCAAUACAUUUUAUUGAUGCAGAACAACUAAAAUUUUCGGAAGGCAUCAAUGAAUUGCUAAAUUACAACAAAAACGAGUUAAUUGGUUUUUCGGAUUCCAAUGGGAUGAUAUGGAUGAUCACCAUAAGUGCAACAAUACUAGAAAAAAAUAAAAUCGAAGAGGUCGGCAAUAUAUUCCAGAAAGAGAUCGAUCGGAGACGAGAAUUGGAUGCGUGGAAUAUAAAAUAUAAAGAAGAAUACGGACCUGUAGAAGAAAACGAAGUGGACGAUUCUCAUUGCGAAUCAACUGAACCAUUUGAACAAAUUUCGGAGAACGAUGACGUAAAACUACUACCAAAAUCAAAAUCAAUAAAGAGACAAAUUUGUCAUGAGACCAUCAAAUGGUAUUUGAACCGAUGUGGAUCUAAAUCACGUUUAACGAGAGAAAAGUUCACAGAACGUGAAAAGCGACAUAUGAUAGAGACUCUGAUGCAAAAAAAAAAUGUGAAUCAACAACAGUUGGAUGAAUACAUAAGAAAUAAUGAGAUGAAAACAUCUGAUGAGAGUAAUGUUAAAAAAAUAAGAUUUAAAUCAGAUGAAACAUAUAAACACAUUGUAAAUAAAUUAUUAGUUGCCGAAGAAACUAAAGAAUACGGGUUGGAUAUCGAUUCACAAAAAAACGUUGAGUCAGAAGAAAUGAAACAGAUAUUUGAAAAGAUUCAUAAUAUUGUGGUGACGGACUAUGAAUUUAAGAAAGAAAAGUUAAACAGUUACAUUAAAAACAAUCCCUACAAAGCAGCGCAAGAAGAUUGGGCUCAAGUAAUCGAGUUUGCAGAAAGAGAAGACAAGGACGUAUUAAACGAUCCUAAUAUUCUUAAAGGUCCAAACAUACGCAUGAUGUACCGAAAACUGUCCAAGAAGUACAUUGACGAAGGUUAUAAGAUUAAAGAAUGGAAAAGCCGCAGAGAUCAACACGCGGACGAUCGGUACAAAAUGAGAGAGAGUAAAAUCAAUGAGUUGAAAGCCAUCUAUGGAAAAAGUUAUAACCCUUACUGGGACAAGGGUCUUAAACCAUUAAGAAUGAAGGAUGCUGUCCGGAGGAGAGUGACCGAGAUAGAUGAUGACAACAACAAACAAUUGCACGAGAGUUAUUCCCAAGAAGAAAAUGGUGACAGUUGUUAUACAGAUUAUUUAUCGUUCACGGAACCUGACACCAUAUCAAACAAUCCCGAUCAAACCGGAAAAGAUAUAUCAGAAAAAUAACACAACACAAAUCAAAUUAAAUUAUAAUACCACAUUUAUUAUUAUAAUUGUAUUUAUAUAUAACAAUAUUUAUAACUUAAAACUUCUAUAACUGAAAAUACAUGAAAAAAAUCCAUAUUUACAAUCGAAAUGUUUACUUAGAAAUGAGAAUCUAAUUGCAACUAAAAUGUAAAAUGGCUGACACCAUUUAUUAAGAUUUUUAUCAGUAUUAG